GCAGAGAGCACGUACAGCGGGCGGGAAAAGACACUGGAAUAUAAACAGAGCGAAGCUGCUGCAAUUUAAUGUAAAUGUGCUGAUUAUUUAUGGUUUAUUCGUGUUUUUCUUACACGACUGCGCUUCUUAUUUAAUAGGACGAUGGUUCAAGUAAUUAUAAGAGGCAGCGUCGACGGCAGCAGCCCUCCAGAGUGGCUGCUGGUGGAGCUCCAGGGAGAGAUGGUGUCCAGACACAACUCUAGUCUGGAAGGAAAUGUGAUGGGAGACCUGCUCUACACCAAAGAGGGGGUGCCGGUGCUCAUCGUGGGACACCACAUCCUCUACGGGAAGCAGGUCAAGCUGGAGAAACCCUUCGCCGUCCUCACCAAGCAUCCGGGCCACUCGCAGGACAACACCGAGGAGGAUGUCGCCAUGGAGACGGAGCAGCAAGGCCCCGCCUCCACCUCCUACUCCGUGUUGGCGCUCAUCAAACGGAAACUGAUCUUCAAGACGCGACCCAAACCCAUCAUCACCAACGUACCCAAGAAGGUGUAGCAGGAGGGUUUUGAUGACGACGACGACAACGACAACAACAACAACAACAUGGAGGACACGAUGUCAGAAGUUAAAGAUCUGAUGUCAGCGCACAGGAGCAGAGACUCAUCGAAUAUACUUUUCUUCCUUGCAUGUGAUUGUAGCUGUGGUUCAUCCAAAUUAUUUGUUCCAGAAUUUGUAAUAAACUGAUAUUUAUGAGA